AUGCCCCGGGAGAUCAUCACCCUGCAGCUGGGCCAGUGCGGCAACCAGAUUGGGUUCGAGUUCUGGAAACAGCUGUGCGCCGAGCAUGGUAUCAGCCCCGAGGGCAUCGUGGAGGAGUUCGCCACCGAGGGCACUGAUCGCAAGGACGUCUUUUUCUACCAGGCCGACGAUGAGCACUACAUCCCGAGGGCAGUGCUGCUGGACCUGGAGCCCAGGGUGAUCCACUCCAUCCUCAACUCCCCCUAUGCCAAACUCUACAACCCAGAGAACAUCUACCUGUCAGAGCAUGGAGGAGGAGCUGGCAACAACUGGGCCAGUGGAUUCUCCCAGGGUGAGAAAAUCCAUGAAGAUAUCUUUGACAUCAUAGACCGAGAAGCAGAUGGAAGUGACAGCCUAGAGGGCUUUGUGCUGUGUCAUUCCAUCGCUGGGGGGACCGGUUCUGGCCUGGGCUCUUACCUCUUGGAGCGAUUGAAUGACAGGUACCCCAAGAAGCUGGUACAGACAUACUCAGUGUUUCCCAACCAGGACGAGAUGAGCGAUGUGGUGGUCCAGCCCUACAACUCACUGCUCACACUCAAGAGGCUGACCCAGAACGCUGACUGUGUGGUGGUGCUGGACAACACAGCCCUGAACCGGAUUGCCACAGACCGCCUGCACAUCCAGAAUCCCUCAUUCUCCCAGAUCAACCAGCUGGUGUCCACCAUCAUGUCAGCCAGCACCACCACCCUGCGCUACCCCGGCUACAUGAACAACGACCUCAUCGGCCUCAUCGCCUCGCUCAUUCCCACGCCACGGCUCCACUUCCUCAUGACUGGUUACACCCCCCUCACCACGGACCAGUCGGUGGCCAGCGUGAGAAAGACCACGGUCCUGGAUGUCAUGAGGCGACUGCUGCAGCCCAAGAAUGUGAUGGUGUCCACAGGCCGGGAUCGCCAGACCAACCACUGCUACAUCGCCAUCCUCAACAUCAUCCAGGGGGAGGUGGACCCCACUCAGGUGCACAAGAGCCUGCAGAGGAUCCGGGAACGGAAGCUGGCCAACUUCAUCCCCUGGGGCCCCGCCAGCAUCCAGGUGGCCCUGUCCAGGAAGUCGCCCUACCUGCCUUCUGCCCACAGGGUCAGUGGGCUCAUGAUGGCCAACCACACCAGCAUCUCCUCGCUCUUUGAAAGUUCCUGCCAGCAGUACGACAAGCUGCGGAAGCGGGAGGCCUUCCUGGAGCAGUUUCGGAAGGAGGACAUCUUCAAGGAUAACUUUGAUGAGCUGGACAGGUCCAGGGAGGUUGUACAGGAGCUGAUUGAUGAGUACCACGCAGCCACUCGACCAGACUACAUCUCCUGGGGCACCCAGGAGCAGUGAGUCCUCCCUACUGCACCCUCUGGACAGUCCUGCCCGAGGGUAGAUCUACAUUGCCCAUGUUGCCCCAGCCUCCUCCACUCAGGGCAGAGGCUGUGGUGGCUGCUGAAAGAAGGCCUGCAGCAUUCUGAGCAAGUCAAGAAAGCCAAGACUCUGGAUUCCCAGGCCCAAGGCAUUUAGAUCCUCAGGAGUUAACCCAAUUCAGCUUGAUCUGAUAAAGCAGUAACAGAGCUCAGGAGUAAAGCUGAGCCCAUCCCAAUCUAUGCAUUGUCUGUGCCAGAGCAGUUCUUGGGUCUGAUCCUGCUCCAGGCUUCUUCUGUUCCAGGUCCAAAGCAGUAGGCACAUUAAAGAUGGUCCCAACUAAGACCCAGAAGCAGGACACCAGGGUAGGACUGGGUAGUGCCAGUCCUGGUGACUCACUGCCCUCGGGCCUCAGGGACGCCAAGAGGCCACCCCCAUGCCACUCAAUGGAAGAAGAAUGAGUAAUUGCCAGCUUCUAAAACUGCCCUCUUGCCUGCCCCACCCACCACCCUAGGGCAGCAUACUGGCCACGAGGAGGUUAAAUCUAGAAGGUCAAGGAGGGUGGAGCCCUGCGGUGUUCAGACUCCUCUCAGUGCUGGUAAAAGCCUGGGAGUGUGGGCGUCCCUGGGGGUGGAGCUCUGAGCUCUGGGGCUCCAACUUGUCGCACUGACAACACUCCCACAGGAAGGGUUUGUGUAAAUAAGGAUUUUUUUUUUUUGGCUUCUCUUCUACAAAUAAAUUAAGAAACAAACUAGAAAA